AUGCCGGCAAAUCCGACGAACGACUGGCAUCCCGCCGAGCGGCGUGAACUCACCGCUCGCGGAACGCAGGUCCCUACAGGAUGGCGUUUGUUUCAGCAGGACGACCGGGGCAGAUCUCCGGGAACCUCGCGACGCCCACCCUCGGGACAGCUCUUGACGUCGCCGUCCAGCCCCGAAGAACCCGUCACCCUGGUCGAACUGACCAGCGUGCCCGGGGGGCAGAAUGCGAUGGCGCAUCUCAAAAAGCGGAAGCUCGAGGCGGAAGCGAGUCUGCAGAAGCCGAAGCAGCAGCAACAGCCCCAGCAGCCUGCACUGAGCGGGAGCAAGAAGGCGCAAGGUAUCCCCCAGGGCAUCCCCCAGGAGAUGGAGACGGCUGACGCCGCGGCAAAGAGGCGCCGGAAAAACUUCCGGGAGGAUGACAUCCGGAAGUCGAUGGAGCUGGACCCGACGAAGAACAUGUCGCUGCCUCAGAAGAAGAGGGUCUUCGCCUCGGGGAACUCGGGUAGCCCGGCGAGGAAGUCGAGCAAGAACUGCGAUGACCCGGAGGACGACGAGACGCUGAUAAGGGAGACGGAGGCGGCACUGAAGAGCCUUUCCGGGAGCUGGCCGGGCCCCAGGGGGUCGUUCUACCAGAGGGGCAGCUCGGACGAGGACAAGUACGAGUCAAACUUCGAGAACCUCUUCGAGGAGAAGAAGGAGAGUCCGAAGCUGUCGCCAUCCUCGGUGUCCAGCUCGUCGACGGCCAGCACCGAGGCGGGGUGCUCCCUAAAGGACGUCAUCACCCUCCGGGGCCAACAGGACCGCCUCAGGACGCAGCAGUUGCAGCAGCUGCAGCUGCACUCGAGCAAGACCAAGAAGGACCUGGACGCGCAAUUGAAAACCGACGACUGCGGGCCACUCCAGGGUGAGUCGGGCAAGAUGCGACCAGGGGGUCCGGGAAGAUCAUUGGGGAAGGACAGGGUUGACCGGGUGGUCGUCGGCGACCAUCAGAACCGCUCCUCCGAGAAGUACUCCCGCUACGACCCGCCGGACUUCAACGAGCUGGUGGACGACUCGUCCAACGAGCUGGAGAUCGACAUGUCGGACCCCACCGCCGACAAGGAGGAGGGUGACCGAGACAGGCCCGACGGAAGGGACAGGGAAAGAAGCUCCAAGGGCUCCUCCCCCCAAGGGAGGCAGCAGCAGCACCACCACCCACCGCAUCACCACCACCACCACCAAGCGCACCUGUACUCCAGCUACCAGAGGCAGUACUCGGAGGGGGCCCCGAAGUCAUCCGGUUCCCCCUCUACGACCUCCACCGUGGGCUCACCGUUCUCCACAGCCUCGGCCUUCCGCCCACCGGGAGGCUCCGACCACUCCAAGGCCACCUGUCGACCCACCGGAGCCACUUCCGGCCCCAUACCCCCCAUGGGGCCCUACCCCGCCGCGGCGACCUUCGUGGGCUUCCCGACCCCGGGUCCAGGUCCCACCAUGCCCGCGCCCCAGCCCGUCCCUGGUAUCCCUCCAUCCCCAGAAGACAAGCACGUCUCCACCAUCUCCCUGCUGCCGCUCAAGUCCCCCAAGGAAGAGAUCCAGGUACCCAGGGAGACCCCCAACCCCACUUCCGCUGCAAAGACCCCACCUACUGGCAUUCCCUCCGUCGCCAGCCCCGACGCCACGUCCUCCAAGCAGUACACCAUCCUGCAGCCUGCGGGCAUCGGCUCCAGGGCCGCCAGCGCCAUCCAGGACAUCGCCAGGGAGGGCGUCGUCAGCGUCGCCGCCGUCAGCAGCAGCAGCAGCGGCGCGAUAGGGACCACCUCCGCUACUGGCCAGACCACUGCUGGGAAGACCGAUCCCGGUCCUCCUGGGGCCUCCAACCCGCCCAGGAAUAACAACCCCGGGACCAAUGCUAACCCUGGACCCGCCGGUACUACCGGCACCCCCAUGACCAUGACCACGGCCACCGCUACCAGCGUCACCCCGGCCGCUACCACCACCAUCGCCUCCACCAGCCCCGUUGCCGUUGGCGAUGUCUCUACCACCACCGCCACCAAUGGACAGCAGGACGCGGUUUUGAAGCUAUCCGACAGGACCUUCGAUGCCGACAGACCCGGCAUGUCCAUGUCCCCCUCCAGCCUGGGCAGAGAAGGCAACAAGUGCCCGACUCCUGGUUGCUCCGGGCAGGGUCACGUGACCGGACUGUACUCGCACCACCGCAGCCUAUCAGGGUGCCCACGGAAGGAUAAGCUGACACCAGAGAUUCUGGCGAUGCAUGAGACUAUUUUGAAAUGCCCGACGCCUGGUUGCAACGGCCGCGGCCAUGUCAGCUCCAAUCGCAACACUCACAGGAGUUUGUCCGGAUGCCCCAUCGCAGCGGCCAAUAAGCAGGCCGCCCGCGAGGCCCGUCACAAGGCGCAAGUGUCGGGCAUCCCGCCGGAGUACAUCAGCACGAGUCUCCUCCCGUCUUCGAUGGAGUCCAAGGUGUACCCUCAGUACAGUAGCCAAGAGGCGAAACCAGUGGCAUCGCCGUCGUACGACUACUACGCGGCGACGAAAGCGGCCGCAGCGAUCGCUUCGAAGCCGCAGAAGACCUCCGAAGAGAGUCCAAGAGGAAGUAAAUUGGUCCCGAAGGCCGAGCCUGCCGCGACGUCCGCAGGGAAUCCAGGAACAGGGGGCACCUGCUGCACCUCCCUACCCGGCAGGAGUCAAUCCUCCGAGUUGUUGGUCCCCAAGUCGGAAGACGCCUCUUCUUGCCGCGUGAAUUCCCCGCCACCCCCGCCACCACCCUCGUCGAUCAGACAGACCUACGACUCGUACUUGAACCAGGACUCGAACUCCUCGUCGGUGUCCUCCCUGGACACGAUGGGGUCCAGGUCCAUAGGGGGUUCCAUCCACCACCCGAGCCAGCACCCGGCGCACCACGUCCUGCCCAUGCAGCCCACGGUGGCCUACCCCAUGCCCAUGGUGGAGGACACCAGGAUGUCCCACCAGAUGCCCCAGAGGUCGCCCUACGAGUCCUCGGCGAUGAUGGCGGCCGCGGCCAUCGCCGCCACCUCUGCCGCCGUCGCGGCCGCCACCACGACCAACACCUCCGCCGAGGACCUCUACCACCACAGAUCCAGCGAACAUGCCAGGGCGUACAUGCACCCUGCCGCUGCCAACAUCGCCAGACCCGUAGUCACCUACUCCAACGAGAUCGCCGCCACCAGGGGGUACGAGAGCGCCGUGGUCAGCGCCACCAACCACCGACCUUACGACCCUGGCACCGCUGCCGCCUAUGAUAGGUACGACGCCCAGCCCUGCACCCCAUUGCAGCCCCAGACGCAGCAGCAGCUGCACUCCAGGGCCAACAUGUACUACCUGGGCCAGGCAGGGAUGACCCCCGAGGAGCAGGAGAGGGUCUAUCACCAGGAGGCCGCCGCUGCCGCCGCUGCGGCCGCUGCUGCCCAGCAGCAUCAGAUGGCCAUGGCCGCCGCCUCCGCUGCCGGGAUGAUGAAGUCGGAGGAUGUGAAAUGCGUCACGGUGGCCCAGGUGCAGCAGAUGCAGAAACCAGGGGGCCCGCCGACCUCCCCAGGGGGGUCCGUCAUGGACCUGUCCACGUCCAGCGUGACGUCCACCAGUCCACAGGCACCACCGUAUGGCUCCAACAGUCUUAGUCCUCAGUACGGUGGAGGGCAGACCGUCGGUGGUAGUCCUCAAGCUGCGGCCAGUCCGCAUCUCACGGCCAGUCCCCAGGUUCCCAGUCCGCAGGGCCAGACCUUGGACCUCAGCGUCAACAGGCUCCACAGUGGAGCCCCCAGCCCUCAGUACUCGGGCGGCCACGGAGAGGCCGUUGCGGUGGCCGUCCCGGUCGGUCCAGGGUUCUCUGCCCCCAGGCCCAUCGAGGAACAGACGGAACCCGUCGACUUCUCCACGGCGAACGAACCGGUCAACUUCAGCGGAGGUCCUGGCAUCAGGCCCGUCCCAGGGUUCCCGCCUCCUGGGGUGCACGCCGCGGCGUACAGUCGCGAGAGCACCCCCGACAGCGGGGGCUCCCACUAUAUGGACGCCUACCGAGAUCCCACCGGUUACGGCCCCAUGAGCCCUCACCCUGGGUAUGGGAUGGCGGGCGUCCAGGCGGAAUACCCGGCCAACACGUACACCCCAUAUCCGACCGCGGGCUACAACUGCGGGGCGACUUACCCCGGGGGCCCCGUCACCUCCGGGUACCAAAUCCCCGCAGGAUACACCCCGGCGCCGUGCUACAGCAUGCCGCCCCCUCAACACACCAUCGGCACCCUGGACAAGCCGUCGAGCAAGGACGACAGUAUGAACGCGAGGCGGCAAUCUUUGAAUUUCGUGGCCCGGCCCGCCCCUCGUGGCCGCGACGGCAAGGAGCUGAUUCAGUGUCCCACGUCUUCCUGCGAUGGCAUGGGUCAUGUCUCGGGGAACUACGCUACCCACAGAAGCUUGUCAGGGUGUCCAAGGGCGGAUCGCUCCCAGAUCCAGGCCCACUCUCAGGAGCUGAAGUGUCCCACACCAGGGUGCGAUGGGUCUGGCCACGUCACCGGCAACUACUCCUCGCAUCGAAGUCUCUCCGGGUGUCCCAGGGCGAACAAGCCGAAGAGCAAACCCAGGGAUGGCCAGGACUCCGAGCCGCUGAGGUGUCCAAUUCCAGGUUGCGACGGAUCGGGACACGCGACCGGGAAGUUUCUGUCGCACCGCAGCGCUUCCGGGUGCCCCAUCGCCAACCGGAACAAGAUGCGCGUCCUGGAGUCGGGCGGGACGGUGGAGCAGCACAAAGCGGCCGUGGCGGCAGCAACGGCGAUGAAGUUCGAGGGUGUCAGUUGUCCAACGCCAGGGUGCGACGGGGUGGGCCACAUAAACGGGUCCUUCUCGACCCACAGGUCCCUUUCCGGGUGUCCCAUCGCGGGACACGCCGUCAAGAAGCCGAAGUUCGACGACAUGUCGGGCAUGUACAGCAAAGGAAUCACCGGGGUGGACGCCGGUGGUCCGGCGACUCAGGGUGGAGCGAUAGGAGCAGGCCCUGGUGGACCGAGCGGUAACGGGUCCGCCGGUCAGGCCCAGGGCGAGGAUCUCUACACACUCGAGGCCGAGAUCACGGAACUACAGAGAGAGAACGCCCGCGUCGAGUCUCAGGUCCUGCGCCUCAAGUCCAAUAUCACCGCCAUGGAGAACCAGCUCAAGCAGGGUGACAAGGAGACCUCCGCCAUAGCGCACCGGAAUAACAACCUGAACGAGUACUACCAGUCGCUGCGCGAGAACAUGUUCUCCCUGCUGGAGCACGUGCGAAUACCGAGCGUGCCUGGCGGUCCCCAGGAGAAGAUUGGCCACGAGAACUUCGACAGCUACCUGACGAAACUGCAGACCCUCUGCACGGCCGACGGUUACUGCGCCGACGAGAGCAACCGGCCGAUCUACGAGACGGUGAAGACCGCCCUCCAGGACUUCACCGUCCUACCCACGCCCAUCUGAGA